AUGGCGUUUCUGAGGAGCGUGCCGCGGCGAUGUUGCGCCGGUAAAAAGCUAGUCAAGUGCGGAGCUUCGCCGUUGGCUGUGAUCGGCCUCCUGGAGAACGCCGCAGUAACGACAGCGGCGGCGGCGGCGGCGGCGGCGGCGGCGGCGGCGGUAGCAACAACGACAGCGGUUACUAGGACACCAUCGUUGCGGUUGGUUGCACAGGUGCGUGGCUAUACCACCUCGUCCUCCUCCGCCGCCGCCAAUGAUGUUAACAAGCAACGACAGCAGCCACCAUCGCCGAUGCCUCGGCAGAUCGACCCGCUUGAUUUGAAGUUUAACGACCCGAUCGCCGCUUUUAAAAGCAAGACGACUAUGGAGUUGAUGCGCGCCUAUUUUGUCUAUCAGAUGUGCAGCAUCGAAUACGUCGUGGAGAACAAUAUGAAGGUUAUGAAAAUGGCGAAGUCAAUGCUGGGUGAAAGGUUGUUCACAAGGCUCAUGAAGGGCACGUUUUACGGUCACUUUGUCGCUGGCGAAAAUGAGGUGCAGAUUACACCUGUCUUAGAUAGGUUACGGCAAUUUGGCGUCAAACCAAUCCUUGAUUAUUCCGUCGAGGAAGACAUCUCGCAGGAAGAGGCCGAGAGGCGUGAAGUCCAAGCCUCGGUGUCAGAAGCGGGCGAUGAGAAGAGGGAGGGCCCACUAAAGAAGUAUCACGUAGAGAAGUCGUUCGCUGAUCGACGAUACAAGGUGUCGUCGGCCAGGACAUAUUUUUACCUAAACGAAGCUUCGUGCGAGCGAAACAUGGACAUAUUUAUCAGGUGUCUGGAGGCUGUGGCGAGCGCUUCUAUGGGAAUGGGCAUCACAGCUGUCAAAUUAACGGCGCUUGGUCGGCCGCAGCUUCUGCUUCAAUUGUCUGAGGUAAUUAUGCGUGCACGACAGUAUACAUCGGAUGUUAUCGGCGGCGAGGGUGCCGUUCUGGCUCAUCAUGCAAAGCCUGAUGAUUUUAAGAAAAAGUUCGAGGAGGCCCGCAUAAAAGAUACAGAGGUGCAAAAGUUUCUUCAAAAAAUUCAAUCGGAUAAGGAAGGUGUGAUUCACCUUUUCCCGUGGAGCGGUAUUCUAGACGAAAAUUAUGAACUGAGCGAAACGUUCCAAGUACCUGAUAUUAAGACGGGCAAAAUGGUUAGGUUAAUGUCGCAACUUACGUCCAAGGAAGAAGAAAUGUUUAGGAACAUGAUCAGGCGUCUAAACAAUAUCGUCAUGGUAGCUGACAAUCUGGAUGUUCGUAUCAUGAUAGAUGCAGAGCAGACGUACUUCCAACCGGCCAUUUCUCGUCUGACGUUAGAGAUGAUGCGCAAAUACAAUACGAAAAAGGCUGUGGUAUUCAACACUUACCAGACAUAUCUACAAGACGCGUAUAAUGAGGUGAAAACGGAUCUCGAACAGGCAGAACGCCAAAACUUUUAUUUCGGUGCUAAACUUGUACGCGGCGCGUACAUUGAACAGGAAAGGGCAAGAGCAGCAGCUAUGGGUUAUCCAGACCCCACUAACCCAACGUUUGAGGCGACGACCGAGUCUUACCAUAAGACGCUCAUGGAGUGCUUGAGGCGGAUGAAACAAUACAAGGAUAAGGGAGAAGAUCCCAAAAAAAUAGGUAUUAUGAUCGCUUCGCACAAUGAAGAUACUGUGCGUUUCGCAAUCGAGAAAAUGAAAGAAAUCGGAAUUUCGCCAGAGGAUAAAGUCAUAUGUUUUGGUCAAUUAUUAGGAAUGUGUGAUUACAUAACAUUUCCAUUAGGUCAAUCCGGUUAUUCUGCAUACAAGUACAUCCCUUAUGGACCGGUUAAGGAGGUAUUGCCGUACUUGUCGCGACGCGCACAAGAGAACAGGGGCAUACUAAAGAAGAUCAAAAAGGAGAAACGCUUGCUACUGAAUGAAAUCACGAGACGUAUAGUGCGUGGCCAGUUCUUUUACAAACCCAAGGGCAAUUAUACUCCAGUUUGAGCAGUCGAUCCGUUUAGUUGCACACAAACAGAAUUUUAAGUAUCAAAUUUAAGUAGUGAUUGUAAAUUAUCGAAGAUUCUCCUGAAAGAACUUGAAACGAGCUCUUUUGAUUGAAGUAACUUGACGGACCUGUUACUGUGGUACUCUGAAGGAAGAGAGAGAGAGAGGGAGGGGGAGGCGUCGUGUACGCAUUUCACGUGCAUGAGUGUGAAUGCGAGACUUGAGAAUAUACGCAGUGUUAUCUGUUACGUAAAAAUCGCCUUAGUGUUGUAUUGUCGAAUAUACUGAUGCUCAAAACUGCUUGUGAGUAAAGCUAUAGUACGUAUUUGUUACUCGUUUUUUCGUCGUUAUUAAAUAGGAUGCCAGUGAUACUGCUAUAAUUUAA